AAUCAGUCAAAUUUUCGGGGGCCAUCGAAGUAUACUGGAAUAUUCUACAUUUGCUUCGACAUGGUUCAACUUACGUUUAGCAUGAUAGUGGAAAAUCAGUAGCUGCUCCUAAUCAUCGUCCCUAUGCCAGACUUUUAAACAUAUACGCGACAAUAGAAUAAUUCUUAACUUGUGUUUAAUUAAAAAGAAGUUAAUAAUUAGUUCUACAUAAUCAGGGGACUCGCGACUAACACAGCCAUUGGUCUCUUGCAGGUGGACUACACUCACCCUGCGAUUGGAGGCUGCCUCGGAGAGGGCUGCGUGGUGACAAAGGGUUGAGAUUUCAUUGGCAACGGCAUCAACGAGAACCCCCAGUCCAACGGCGACCCUACAAACGACCUUUAUUCACAUGGAACGCACGUGGCAGGCAUCAUUGCCGUGCAGGCUGGCAGCAACCCGUACAACUUGUCGGGGGUGGCUCUCGAGGUGUCAAUUCAUGCCUAUAGAGUGUUUGGGGAAGUAGGAGUGGAAGUAGCCGACGACAUCCUCAUUGCUGCUUUUCACCGCGCCGUUGAUGAAGGCGCCGACAUCAUCACAUGCUCAAUUGGCGAACCUGGAGGCUGGUCCGACAGCGCCUGGUCUGUUGUGGUAUUGUGCAUCGUCGAGCAGGGCGUACCAGUCACGAUGAGCACGGACAACGACGGUGGCACGGUACCAUUGUGCAGUAGUUCCACAGCGGACAGCUUCAAGGUCACGGCUGUGGCCUCGUUUGACGACACGCACAGCACUUUUCCGCUCUGAGCGUCAACCUAUUCAGUCAGUGACGGCAGCCCCCAGCGCUUCGGCUACUAUGACCCAUCGUCAACCCACACAGACGAUGAUCCAUUGACGCUGACUUUACCGCUCUGGGCGCUCAGUGCCCAUCCUGUGGCUAACGAUGGGUGCACCAGCUUCCCCAAAGACACGCCUGAUCUGAGCCAGAGCGUGGUGCUGCUACGCCGCGGCGGCUGUCCUUACAAGCAAAAGAUCGACAACGCUGUGGCCAAGAGCGCUAGCGCCAUUCUCUUUUACAUGGACGGCCCGACAUUUGAUGGUCCUGACUAUCGCACCGAGACUGAGUUCAUCGCCAUGGUUCCUGCCCAGGUCGGCGAACGAUGGGCUGCUUUCCUUUCGAGCGGCAAGUGUCAGUCACCCUUGCCGACCCCAAGCACGCCGAUGUCUUUGUCGAGCCUUGGAUUAAUGAUUAGACGGGCGAAGCUCUAAGUACUUUUACCUCUUGGAGCCCGACCUACGAGAUGGUUUCUAAGCCGCAGUUUGGCGCUCCUGGCGGCUUCGUCCUCUCCAAAUUCCCCAAUACCCCCUACGCGGCCUUGUCCGGAACCUCCAUGGCCACACCUCACAUGGCCGCCAUCAUGGCCUUGAUACACCAAGUUCGCGGUGCCAUGCCAGUCGGCACUAUCGAGAACCUUCUGUCCUCUACGGCCAAGGCGCAAGCCUUCAACGACAGUAAAAGUUUUUACGACUUUCUUGCCCCCGCGGUCCAACAAAGCGCUGGCAUCGUCCAGACCUUUGAUGCUGCCUAUACUACUCUCUACUCGAGCCGGCCAGCCUAGCCUUUAACGAUACUGACCACCUGCGAAGAGAAGCCAGCUUCAUCUUCACCAAUACCAGCUCGUCGCGCGUCUCGUACGACCUGGAUACUACCAACGCGCACAUCGUCUACGGUCUCAAGGCGGAUGGCAAUGAGACAAAUAUUUAACCCAAACCCGAUGCUCUUGGUCGCCAGAGCCAUGGCGGGCACCACAGCAAGCGGCUCUGUAGUUGGCCACUGCGCACCGCUAACGAUUGCCGGUUCGAGAGACUUUUUAACGACGUUGUAGCCGCCGGCUCCGGUUAGCCGUCAGCCGGCCCGGGCGACUGAUGUCCGCUGCCUUCUGCAGGUUAGCGCUGCCUCAACUGCAUGCUGUGGCGACUUACACAUCAUGACAAAGGCAUUGAGCACGAGGCUCUUCUUUUCCGAUGAACCGUUUCCUGUCAUAUUAAAAGCAAGUCCUACAUAAAUGUAUUGUAUUUUGUUUCACCAUUUUCUUAACAAAACCCGGAUAUAAAUGCUCGAGACUAGUCUACCUGUGUCAGUGGACGGACGGUGACUUUUAAGGGUAAAAACUUAGGUUCCAAAGAUGAGGGCUCCUUUGAUGACGAUGAUCUUGACGAGCGCGCUUGAGAGAAUGCACGACACAACCAUCAGACAGAAGGUUAGAGCGUUGGCGGUGUUGACGAGAUAUGGCUUCUACGCGCCGGCACCAAGCGAGUUCAUGCCUCCCCAGAUCGCAGGCGCGGCAAAGUUGCAUAGCCCGAGAAUGGUGAUGUUGAAGAAUGCUGAGCGGUACCAUUUUACCGGAUGUGAUGCGCCACCUUUACCGAGAGUGGACGACAUGGCUCCAAGAUGCGACGACUCUGACAUGUGGAAGAUGUAAUUCAAGCAGGAAAUUGGGUUUCAUCUAAUCUGGCGCAUUGCACUGUACGGGGUAAUUCUUCUGUAUUUAAUCGUAUCUUAUAGGCGUAGCGAAGGUGCUGCCGUGGUCGGAAGCACGCCGUCUUGAGGUUGCAUGCGCAACGGCUCGCUUACAGUACCGUCUCGGACUAAACCCAUCUUCAGCCCUUGGUUAUCGGUAGUUGUUGAAAUUCCUUAUCUCUUGAUUGGCUUAGUAUUUACUGUUUACACGCCGUCGAAGUAAGUCUAUAAAGCCCUCUUGUCUUGGUUACCUGUCUAAGGUAUGGAACAGUAUGCCAGCUCUCGUGUACAUCGCGCAAGUCUAUGUCUGGUUGCAAAUACGUCGUCAUGUCGCUCUCGCCGUCUCUUUCCUUCCUUGUCCACCCGUUGCCCAGGUACCCCAAGAACCUAUUCCCUCGGCUCUCGUCUAAGUAUUCGUACUCAAAGUCCUCCCAUCGCGGCUCUCGCCGCACAAUCGUCAGAUGCGCUGCGCUGCUCGGCCAGGUGCCGUGGACUCUAGAGCCAGGGUUUCUGCCAUUAUACCACGAGCUUGGUUACGGACGGUGCCGUGUAGUGGAGGGGUAUAUGGGUAUGCAAGUUACAAGUGUUGUUACUAUUGUGACAUUGGACGUGUGUUACUUUACCAGAGAAGUGAAGGAACAGUUAAGUCACUGGAAGUGGCCAAGGAAGGAGAAAGAGGUGGAAGACACAGGAAAAGGGAGUGAAUACAAGAUGUAUUCGGUGUAUUUAGCUAGAGCAGUUCCGACCAUGGAACUUGAAGAAACAACGAAUUUUAC